AUGAACUUGAAGCAGCUCGCUGCCGAGAAAAUCCUUGGCGAGGUGCUGCGCCCAUUGAAAGAUGUAGGGCGUCUCAAAAUUCUCGUGGUCGACCCGUUUACGAAGGAAAUGCUGUCGGCCUGCUGCACCAUGAGCGAUGUGACUGCUGAGGGAAUCGCGACAAUCGAGGACCUGAUGAAAAGCCGCGAGCCGUUGCCGAGCUUGGAAGCCAUAUACUUUCUUUCGCCGAGCCACGAGUCGGUCAGUCGCCUAAUCGGCGACUUCGCCUUCCGCACCCAGUACCGAAGCGCGCACGUUUUCUUCACUGAGGCCUGCCCCGAUGCGCUGCUCAACAACAUUGCCAAGUCGACGGUGAUGCGCUCCAUCAAAACGUGCAAGGAGCUCGGUCUGGCGUAUAUUCCGUACGAAGCUCAGGUUUUCACGCUGCAUCUUCCCGACACCAUGCCCAAGUUCUUUCCCCCGCAAAAAUCUGAGGACUUUUGGGAUCGGAUCGAGAUGAUCGCCGAUCGGAUAGCGUUGUUGUGUGUGGCAGUGGGCGAUAUCCCGUCCAUCAGUUAUCGCGAGGCAUUUACUCGUAACAUCGAACUUGCGCACCUCGUGGAAAACAAGCUUUCCAUCUUGCGCAAGGAGAACCCGUCGCUCGGGGCUGCAGAUCCGGAAAAGAUCCAGCCAGGGCUGAUAAUUUUGGAUCGCGGCUAUGACCUGACGACGCCGCUGCUUCACGAGCUUACUGUGCAGGGCAUGGUCCACGAUUUGUUGCCAGUCGACCGGGGCGUUUACAUGUAUCAGGAUGGAAACGAAAAUCCGAAGAAAAUGCUGGUGCUUGAUGAGAACAAUGAAGAGUGGAUGGGCACGAGACAUUCGCAUAUCGCGGACGCGUCCAAAUUAAUCAGCGGCAAACUGAAGGAUUUAGCAGUGGCUGACAAGGAAACGAAGCGGGAUACGCUGAAGGAUUUAUCAUCGCUGAUCCGGACUGCGCCCGAGCAAAAAAAGAAGCUGGAUCGGCUGGCGGGCGUCAUGUACAUGAUCGAGCAAUGCAUGGCGCGUUAUUCGUCCGGCGUCGACUUGUUGUGUCAAAUCGAGCAGGACCUGGCCACCGGCGCCGACACCCAUGGCGAGCCCCUAAAAGACGCGCAGCGGAUGAUUCUCGGUCCGUUAGCCGACCCGAAAGUUCGGCCCGAAGAUCGACUACGCCUACUGUUGCUCUACAUUCAAUACUGCGGAGGCGUGACCCAAGAUGGGCUUCAAAAACUCGUCAAGCAUGCCCAGUUCCGUUCCACGGAGAGCGACAUCAUCAAGAAUAUCGAAAACUUGGGCCUGACUGUCGUGUCCGAGUUCGUGCAAUCGGGUGGUAAGCUGACGGCGCGACGGGAGCGCCCAUCGACGCCGGUCUACAACACGAGCAGAUGGGUCCCACUGCUCAAAGACAUCUUGGAAGACGCGCUAGAUGAGACAAUGGACCAGAACGUGUACCCGCAUUUGCCCGGAAAGCGCGUCUCCAUCAGCAGCCAGGUUCCCAUGUCCGCUCGCUACGGCCAAUGGCAUAAAAAGAAACCGGACAAUGCGUUGAGCUCGGGACCCCGUCUAAUCGUGUAUAUCAUCGGCGGGAUGACGUAUUCCGAGAUGCGCACCGUUUACGAAGUAUCCCGCGAAAGGAAUUGUAGUAUCCUGAUCGGCUCCGACCAAAUCAUCACACCCGAUUCCUUCCUGAAUGAGCUGGCCGCGAUGAACCGCAAAUCGGCCCUGCACUUCGAAUCGUUUAUCCGAUGUACUGUCGUCGAUGAGCAGGAAAGCCAAGUU